GCGUGAUCGUGGGAUAUUUUCUCGUAUACAAAAUGACUGCAGAAGAGCUACAUAAAUUAACCUUACACAUCAUUGAAGAGAUCGAGCACAUUGGAUACACUGCUGUAGGAUUAGUUGCUGAUAAUGCCUCAACGAACACUAAAAUGUUUAAACUGCUAAACCCAGAAGGGAUGUUGUCGCAUGAAAUAACCCACCCAAAUGAUCCCUCAAGAAAUUUUUUUUUAGCUUUGAUUCUUCGCAUAUCAUAAAAAAUGUGCGAAAUCAAUUUAUAGAUCGCCCGCUGCAAAAAAAAUGAAAAUCUAUCAUGUUUCAAUUCAUCAAGAGGCUGUACGAGAAACAAAAGAAACUUUUCCUGAAAUUUGUGAAGAAAUUGACAAAUAGGCAUCUUGAGCCUACGAAAAUAGAGCGACAGAAUGUUCAAAAAGCACUUGACAUUUUCAGUAGGCCUUUGGCGGCUGCGCUAGAAGCACUACGACGAAGGAAAGUAUCGGGUUUUAUGGGUUCAGAAGAAACCAUAUCAUUCAUGUUAAAAAUAAUUAAAUGGUUUGAAAUCCAUGACGUAUGUAACUACACCCAAGCCAUUUAUAAGCGGCUUCCAAAUAAAGCCCUAUUCACCUCUACUGAUGACGCCAGACUGAAAUGGCUGGAAGAUUUCUUAAAGUGGCUUAAGGAGUGGCGUAUCUCCAGCGUCGAAAAGAAUCACUUCCUGACGUCGGAAACGUUUGAAGCAAUAACGAUAACUACAAAAUCAACGAUCGCAAAAAUUUCGGAUUUGCUGCGUGACGCUGGAUUUACAUUCGUACUAACACGACGGUUCAACAGCGAUAACCUCGAAAGAAAAUUUAGCGCUCUGCGACAAGCGAACGGCGGUAAUUACAAUAUGGAUGCAAAAGCAGCUAUUUAUGGUUUAGAAAAAUUAUUGCGCACGGGGAUAACCUACAGUGCAAUGAACUGCAAUGUACCAUUGGAACGAGAGCAGCAAAACAGAGGAAAUGGAAAAUUCAUACGUAAAACUACACUGAGGAAUCCGAAAAAGAGAGCUCUUGAUGUCCUUUCAGCUCUCGGAAUAGAAGAUCGUGCAGUAUUGGAAGAAUUUAGAAGGCCCCCAGAUUACGGUGGUAGUGAUUGUGACGACAAACUUGCGACUGCGGUGACUGCCGUAUUUCUUCUUUUGGUUAUUGAGGAACGAGAGAUUUGUGUGGCAUGUAGAGAAGGCCUAAGGCACACACACAUUCAAGAUCCGCAAGCUAACGCCAUUAAUGCUUUGAAUGAUUGCCUAAAUCGUGGAGGAUUAAACAUUCCUUCAAAAGAAUUUGUUCAAAGAAUGUGGACCAUCUACAGAUUUGUUGAAUUUGCCUUAAAGAAGCUACACAACACCAGGAAGACUCGUGAAGAUCUCAUCAGUUUUCUUACCCCACACAUUGCUGGUUGUUCCACCUUUUGCUGUAGUCGAGGAAAGGAAAUGCCUGCUGGAAACAAGCACAAUGAACAGCUUGCGAUUCUCAUACUUUGGAAGUUCAUUAAUCCAAUGCUUAAUGGCUACGCAGCAACACUAACUGAUUUGCAGACAAAGGCACAUGUGGUUGGCAAUAAUAAAGUUGUCAAUAGAAAAUUUAAUACACAUUCCAAAUGAAAAAGCUUCCAAAUCUGUCACACAG